AUGGUUUUAAAUAAUUCAAUCGAUCAUACUACUAUAAAUACAUUAUCGGAUAUAUCAUUAGGUAGUGGUCAUACGAAAGGUACUGAUUCAAGUGGUUAUGCUUCAAAUUUAAGUAAAAAUGGUCAUAGUCGUACAUGUUUAAUUGUUAAUUAUCUUCCACAAUCAGUUAAAGAACAACAAUUUCAUCAAAUGUUUGCACGUAUUGGUCGAUUACGAUACUGUCGUUUAAUGUAUGAUCGAGCAACAGGGUAUUCAUAUGGAUAUGGUUUUGUUGAUUAUUAUCAAGCUGAAGAUGCAGCGAAAGCAAUUGAUACAUUGAAUCAAUUAAAAAUGGAACAUAAAACUAUUAAAGUAUCAUAUGCAAGACCAAAAUGUGAAGAAACACGUGGUACAAAUCUUUAUAUACGAAAUUUACCUGAAAAAUGUGAUGAAAAUAAAUUAAUUGAAUUAUUUUCACCAUUUGGAGAAAUAAUUCAAGCACGUGUUAUUCGUGAUCAAUCAACAGAAAGUCCACGAGGUAUUGCAUUCGUCAUUAUGGGUACUCGUUCACAAGCACAACGUGCUGUUGAAUAUCUUAAUGGAAAAAUUAUUGAUCAUCAACGUCCAUUACUUGUUAAAUUUGCUGAUGAUGAUAAACGUCGACGUCAAUUAAUGGCACGCUAUUUACCACAAAUCGAUAAUAAUAAUAAUAUUUCAUCAUUAUCAAAUUCAACAAAUCUUCAUGAUCCAUCUGAUGUUCUUACUGCACAAAUAGCUCAAUUAAAUUUAAUUGCAAAUGGAAAUAAUUCGAACAAUGAUACACAACAACAAGGACAAGAUAUGAAUUUACUUAUGAAUACUUUAUUAAUGAUGCCAUUUUGGUCAAAUGUAUGUUCAUCAUCAAUUCCAUUACCUGUUCUAUAUCCAAAUAACAUUACAACAUCACAAAAUAAAAAUACGGAACAAAUACUUGAUGAAUUAGCAACGACAAAUGGAGUAUCAAAUUCGUCGUUAACAUCUAAUGAAUCAUUGAAUAAUGGAACAGGUCAACAAUCAAGUGUUGAUUCAACUGAUUCAUCAUCAGUUCCAUCGAAUAUAGUUGAUGCAUCAACUGGUGGUUUUGUUGUUUUUAUUUAUGGUAUUGGACCAGAAACAACACAAGAAGAAGUCUUAAAUAUUUUCCAAAGUUUUGGACCUAUACUUCGUACAGAUAUUAUUAAAAAUAAACGAACAACUAUUGGAAAAGGUUAUGGUUUUGUAGUAUUUCGACAUAUGAACGAUGCAUUAGCAUCAAUUAAAGCAUUACAUAAUAUGCCAUAUAAAGGUCGUUUCUUACAAGUACGAUUUCGUGUAUAA